CAGGGGAACGGUUCAGGUCAGAUCGCUGAGACUCGCCAACAACUGUCUCUGUUGGAAAGAGACCCUGAGCCUCCCAGCAGCUGCUGUGGCCUGUCUGCUGUGCUCGUGAGUGGCAUUUGGCCAAUUUGGGACCAGUUGGAAGAGAAGGUGACUGGGGCCAGGAUGAUGAAUUAUACCAUCGGCUACGAAGACGAUUAUGACUAUGAUUUCGAACUUUACCACGACUUGCCGGAUGUCCCCGUAGACUGCCCAGCCGGCAAUUGCUUCUCUAGUGACAUCUACAUCAUAUUCCUGCUUCUGCUGUAUGCAGCCAUAUUCCUGGUGGGUGUGCCAGGCAACGCCUUGGCGGCUUGGGUGACCUGGAGAGAGUCCCGCCACAGGCUGGGGGCCUCUUGGUUCCUGCACCUGGCCGUAGCUGACUUGCUUUGCUGUGUGUCUUUGCCCUUCCUGGCUGUGCCCAUCGCCCAAAAGGGUCACUGGCCAUACGGGGCAGCAGGCUGCUGGCUGCUUUCCUCAGUGACCGCUCUGUCUAUGUACGCCAGCGUGUUCCUCCUGACUGCUCUCAGCGCUGACCUCUUCCUACUGGCUUUCAGGCCCUCCUGGAAGGCUGCUGAUCACCGGGCACUCGGGGUGCGGCUGGCCCAGGUCUCUUCCUGGAUGCUGGCCCUGCUGCUGACGGUGCCCUCCGCAGUCUACCGUAAGCUUCGCCGGGAGCACUUUCCCUCACAGCUAGUGUGUGGCACUGACUACGGGGGUUCGGUAGCUGCAGAGGCCACCAUCACUGCCGCUCGGUUUCUCUUCGGCUUCCUGGGGCCAUUGGUGUUCAUGGCCAUUUGCCACAGCAUCCUCCAACGGCAGUUGACCCGACGUCACUGGCCGCUGGGCACAGCGGUCGUGGUAGGGUUUUUCAUCUGCUGGACCCCUUACCACAUCCUGAGGGUGAUAAUUGCAGUGGCUGCGCCGUUCUCCUUACUUCUUGCGCGGGUCUUGUUUGCCGAGCCUCUGAUUACAGGCCUGGCCCUUGCUCACAGCGCCCUCAAUCCUAUAAUGUUUUUGUAUUUCGGAAGGAAACAGCUCUGUCAGUCACUCCAGGCUGCAUAUCACUGGGCCCUAAGGGAUCCACAGGAUGAAGAAACUGUGACGAGCAAGGUAUCCACCAGCCAUGAGGCGGCAUCUGAGGUGGCGGUGUAGCCAAGAGGGAUUUGAACUUCCUAGGCCAUUUCACAAUCUGUGUAGCUUCAGGCAUGCCUGGGUCCAGGAGCUCAGUGGCAGCUUUUGUCCUUCAUUCAAUAAACAUUCAUCGUGCACUGGCUUUUGCAAAGCCCUGAUAGACGGGUGUGGCAGUGGCUAGAACCAAUUCCUGCCCCCCAGGAAUGAGCACUUUGCUGACGAAGACGGAUAGGAAGGACGCGUUGAAGGAUUAUGGAAUACGUCAAGGGGGAGAUGUCCCAUAGAACCUAUAGAGGGCGCUGCUGUACGAACAAGAGGUGUAGGCGCUGGAGCCCCAGCAUACCUAUAACCCCAUAUAACCCCAGCACUGAGGGGAUAGGUGGUCCCUGGAGGGGGGGUCCUCUGGCCAGCCUGUCUAGCCCAGUCAGCAAGCAACAGUGAGAGGCCCCGUCUCAAAAAAUAGAGUGGAGUGGGCACGGGGACGAUACCUUUAACUGCAGCAUUUGGGAGGCAGAGGCAGGUGGGUCUCUGUGACUUUUAGGCCAUCCUGAUCUACAGAGCGAGUUCCAGGUGGGGAGAACUAGAUGAAGAUAUCCAACCUUGCCCUUAGGCUUACACACACGCGCACAUGCACACACAUGCACUCAUGCACACACGAGGUCGGUCAGCCUGGAUCAGCCAGGCUAGCUAGCAUCCUGAGAAAAAGGUAACGGCUGAGCCAAAAUCUGAAUAACGGAGAGAGGAUCCACGCCUAAAUCUGACGAACUAUUCCAAACAGACAGAGCAAGUGCAAAGGCCUUGCCCCUGUGUGCCUCCUCCAAGAAGCCCUUCCUGACUGGCUUCCUCCCAGGGACAAGAUCUCCUCCUUCCUUACAAUCUCUUUAACACAAAUGCCCAGAUAAACUACAAAUUCCACAAAGAUGAGAGCUGGACUUAAUGCGUCUUUAAAAUUUUGUAUUAUGUGUAAUUAUUGUCUGUGCCAGGAAGGGGAAGGGUUAGUGUGUGUAUCUGUGUGUGUGUCACGUUGGUCCCAAGCCUUGAACUCCAGUUGUCAGGCUUGGCUGCAAGAACCUUUACCCGCCUCUCACCAGCCUCUCAGCAUUUGCAGCCUUAUCUCUUCUCCCAUCCCCUGGCUUAGUGUGGGAGUCAUUUUCUGUUAGUUUGUUUCUGAGGAUCUUAAGCAAUUUUAUUUAAAAAAAAAUAGAGGAAUACAUUGUAUCUUGAGCCGAUUCGCACCCUUCCCUGAGGUUUGCAGGAUUUCAACACCUGUGGUAUACCGUGUCCGCAAAUUCUCCUCCACAAAUCUGUAGGGUUUGGUUUUGGUCUUGGUUAUAUUUCUUUAUUUGUUUGAGAUAGGGUCUCAUGAAGCUCAGGCUGGCUUUGAACUUGAUAUGAAGCUAAGGACGACCUUCAGCAUCUCCUGAGUGUUAGGAUUAUAGCUCUGCAUUACCACACCUGAUUCAAGUGGUCCUGAGGAUCACAUGAUCAUGGCUGCUAGGCAGCCAGGGAUUCCAGGCAGAUGCCCAGUGCUCAGACAUGUUUCCAGCAUGCUUCCUUCUCACUGGGGGAUUCUAGGCUGAUGUCCUUGUACUGAGCACCACCCCCAAACCUCUUUGAACAAUGUAUACCUUGAACAAUGUAUACACCUGUCUGAAAAGUUCAGAGAGUUUCUGUUAAUUUACUGGGACCAGGUAGCCUUUUCAGAAAGGCCUUUCUCCAUUUUUUUUCUUAUAAGACAUAUUUUGAAAGUUUCCAUUUAAAUUCUUUGGCCUUUAAAAAAAAAUGAAGGAGAAAUUUCAUGACAGCUUCUAAAUGUAUUUCUGUGCAAUUAUACAUUAAAAAAAUCUCUUGAUAUUA